UCAGCGAACCUAAAACCUCAAAUCAGCCACAAUUAAAAACCCACAACACAGCCGCCGUUUCUCAGCUCCGCCCUCCUCACCCGCCAACUCCGCUGUAGCCUGGUCGGUAAGUCCAUCCGCCAAAUCAACCGCUGUUCCUGCAACCUAUAUCAUCAACUCAACCCAAAAUCCGUUACCAAUUGCAAACCCCUAAUCGCGCAAGCGAGCAAGCUCAGAACAACGUUGUCAAUAUGGGAGGGUCUAGGCACCAGAUGAAUAAGUCACAUAAAACUCGAUUUGCUUCGAAAUCAUCGCGCAAUGUUCAUAAAAUUUCUUCUCAAGAUAAGCUGAAGGUGUCAAAAUCUGAUGGAGGUAUUGGUAAAGGAGCAAAGGCCGCACGGCUGCAACGUAACAAAAUGAUGAGAGAGCAGAAGAGAGCUGCAGUUUUGAAGGAGAAGAGGGCAUUGUCGGGGCCGUCAAGCCCCCCUCGUGUUAUUGUGCUCUUUGGGCUUUCGGCUUGUGUAGACUUGAAUGCCGUUGAAGAAGAUAUUCUAUCACUGCUAUCUGAAGAGGGACGUACCACUACUUUCCCAGCUGCUGCAUCAUCGGAGUACAAACUAAGAACCACAGUUUUAAAAGCUCCUCAUGGUGAUCUUGUUGCGUGCAUGGAAAUGGCAAAGGUUGCUGAUUUGCUUGCCUUUGUGGCAUCUCAAAACUCCUUACAUGAAGCGGAUGAUACUGUUAGUUUCAUCGAUUCAUUUGGCUCUCAGUGUCUUUCUGUGUUCAGAACACUUGGUCUACCAAGCACCACAGUGCUGAUUCGUGAUCUACCUGAGGACUUGAAAAGAAGACAUGAACUAAAGAAGAUGUGCAUGUCAGUGCUUGCUCCUGAAUUUCCAGAAGAUUGUAAGUUUUACCCCGCUGAUAAAAAGGAUGAACUGCAUAAGUUUAUGUGGCUUUUCAAGGAGCAAAGGCUCACAGCACCUCAUUGGCGAAACCAACGUUCUUACCUUAUGGCCCAGAAGGUUGAAACGGAAACUGAUGAUACCAGUAGUCCUGGAAAAUGCACACUUGUCCUUACUGGUUAUAUACGUGCACACAGCCUCUCAGUUAAUCAACUGGUUCACGUUGCUGGAGCAGGGGAUUUCCCACUGUCUAAGAUUGAACUUCUUAAGGAUCCAUGUCCCUUGAAUCUAAGGAAAGGAGCAGACCUCAUGGAUUCUGAGAAUGAUAUCCAGGUGCUGUCAUGCCUUACCGCUGAUCCAAUGAAACAAGAGCCUUUAGUUGUUGAAAAUGCUCCCGAUAUAUUGGCAGGAGAACAGACAUGGCCUACAGAGGCAGAAAUGGCUGAAGCAGAAAGAAAUUACAAGGAAAAGAAGAUGAAAAAGAAGAGGCUUCCUAAGGGCAUCUCUGAAUACCAGGCCGCAUGGAUUGUGGAUGAUUCAGAUGCUGAUUAUUCUGAUAGUGAAGGUGACGAUGAUGGUAUGGUAGUGGACGAUGGUGAGAAUGGGUUUCCUGGCCAGAAGCUUCAGAACGAUUUAGAGUUUGACGAAGAUCAGGCUUCACUAAAUCUGCGAGAUUCUGAUGACGAAACCGAUACAGAGUCUGUAAUGAUGAUGGAUGGUGACAACUUAACUAAUGAGCAGAUUGCUGAGCAGAUUCGAAAAAUCAAAGAAGAACAUGCAGAAGAUGAGGAAUUUCCUGAUGAAGUAGAUACACCCAUAGAUGUUCCAGCCCGGAAAAGAUUUGCUAAAUACAGAGGUGUAAAAUCAUUCAGAACUUCAACAUGGGAUCCUAAAGAAUCUUUGCCUCCUGAGUAUUCUAGGAUUUUUGCAUUUGAUAAUUUCACGAGAACACAAAAGCAUGUUCUGGCAAAAGCUCUUGAUAUGUUGCAAGAGGCUGAUGAGUGUAUACCUGUUGGCUCGUAUGCAAGGCUUUAUAUCAAGGAUGUUAGUGCUGGUAUUGCAUCCAAGUUAUGCACACUGUCUAAAAGAUUGCCAGUAGUAGCUUCUGGUCUCUUACAGCAUGAGUCCAAAAUCUCUGUGCUACAUUUCAGUAUUAAGAAGCAUGAUUCAUAUGAGGCUCCUAUCAAAGCAAAAGAAGAACUCCUAUUUCAUGUGGGAUUCCGCCAGUUUACAUCUAGGCCAAUAUUCUCUUCAGAUAGUAUCAAUGCUAGUAAACACAAAAUGGAGAGGUUUCUUCAUCCAGGAACAUUUUCAGUAGCUUCGAUAUAUGCUCCGAUAUGCUUUCAUUCUCUUCCUCUGGUCGCUUUAAAGAGCCAAGGAGAAGACACCUAUCCUGCAGUAGCUGCAGUUGGUUCUUUGAGAAGUGUUGACCCUGAUCGGAUCAUACUCAAGAAAAUAAUUUUAACGGGUUAUCCACAACGUGUAUCUAAAUCAAAAGCAACUGUGAGAUACAUGUUCCACAAUCCGGAGGAUGUAAGAUGGUUCAAGCCCGUUGAAGUUUGGUCAAAAUGUGGCCGUCGUGGUCGCAUUAGAGAACCAGUAGGAACACACGGGGCAAUGAAGUGCAUCCUUAAUGGCGUCAUUCAGCAGCACGACACGGUUUGCAUGAGCUUGUUCAAGCGCAGUUAUCCCAAGUGGCCUCAACAAUGGUUUCCAUUAAACUCUGGAUCAGAUUAAGCUUUGGCUGAGUUCAAAUAUGUCUCCAUCGACUGAAGCAACAAUUUUGGAUUGUAUAUUUGUUUGUGAGAAUGAGCCCCUAUUUAUAUUCUUGCUUUUUCGUGUUUUCAAUCAUCAUCACUCGCUUAUGUAUCUUAAAUUGACUACAGUUCGUUGCUUUGACGAGCUGUUUUUUUUUUUGUGUGCUAUAAGGCCUUAUUUAUUGACGAAUAGAAUUUAUAAUAUUAAUAUAUUUCCAUA